AUGGCCGACGGCUGCACUUCUACAGUGCUCGGAAAGAGGAAACCAGCCGGCGCUUUGCCUUGGGAGCAUGUCAAACCAGACGUUUUCAGUAUCUACAUUCUUGAAGGCCAGACGCUGAACGUCACCAUGACCGAGAUUGAGGCAAUCUAUGGCUUAAUAGCAAAGGAGAGAAGAUGGAAAGAGAAGCUAAAACAAUGGGAUUUCGUGAAGAACAUCACAACCCGGGAUUGGCAAUGGAUGCGUUCAAAAUGGAGGGAACGUAAACAUGCAGACAUAAAGACAGUAUUCUAUUGUCGACACAUUGAAGUGACGCCUGCGAUGUUUGAAGUUGAGAAAAGGGGGAAUGGAACGGUGGCGCUUAAUGGUAGCAAGCCUUCUUACAUUUCAUACUACCCGUCGAGUCCCGUGGAAGGGGUAAUAGAUCCUCUACCGUAUCUUGGUGCUUAUCUGGACCCCGGCAGGCACCCCCACUCGGUCUGCUCGCUGGAUACGGACACAGAAAACGAUCUGGCUUCUAGCACCAAUUUCUUAGAAGCUGUAGACUCUGACGAUGUCAAUAAAUGGAUAUCCGAUCAACACUGGCCUUUGACCCAUCGCAGUUGGCUUCACCAACUUAGUGAUUGGGAGGACGCCAUUACCAGUCAUCGCAAGGCCAUCCUCGAAGAUAUUUCGGACUUCGAAGAGAUAUUGGGCCAAAGUAUUUCACAAGACAAUUGUUUUCAAGACUUUCAGUCCCAAGAGCAGAGCCAUUCGCCAGACCUUUUCGGUAUUGGCGCUCAUCUUCCAAUUGUCUAUCUCCCCGGUGACCAGAUCGAGCAAAAGAAUAGUACUUCGAAGAGCUACUCGCUCGCUCAUUUGUUACCUCUGGAGGUGACACUUGCAGAAUAUCAGUACAAACAUGGAGAAACUGGCACUCCAACCUUGAAGCAGCAUUUUGAAAUCGCCAAAGAACUUGAGGGGCUCGGAUAUCACCAGAAUGCAGAGCACCACUGCCGCAAAAUCAUAGAACAACACUGGCAGACUGAUGUUGAAACACUUCUCGGCAUGGUACUCGCCAAGGUCGGUCGCAUUGAGGAAUCAAUGGGUAUGCUUAGCCGCGCUCUGACGAGCUUCAUUCUCCAGUUCGACACCAAUUCUCUUGAUGGCAAUGGUCGACUUUUCAACCAAAUUGAACUUCUUUUCACUGAAUUGGUUCUGCUGAUGGAGCCAGACCACACAAGCUUGUCUGUAUGUUUGUGUCGUUUGAUGGCCACUCUCAGCAGCACAAGCUCUGAUGCUGGUGUCACUAUGGCUCAAAUAUAUCCUCGGCUUUUUAUUCAUGGCUUCUCUCUUGCAUACGAAUACUCGCUUCUCGGACUCAUUGGGUCGGCAGCCUGGAUGUACCAGGUCCUACUUCGGUAUUGCACUGAGUCCCUCGAUAUUGUUCAUCACGCCAUGGAAAAGGCUACAGCUCAUCAGAAAUAUGGGGUUCUUUUGAGAGAGCAAGGAAAUUGGCGAUCAAGUGCCAAUCAGCUACUCAAGGCCUGCAAAUCAGCAAAGCAUUCAGUAACAUUUGACCGCGGCCUCUGCAGGACGUUGGAGAGCGAUUACCUUGGGCUUCUUCCGCACCUGGAAAAGCUCUUAGCAGAUGAACUCAGAGAGUGUUUGGAUCUCAUACGACCACAAAUAUCCCUCCCCAUGAGGAACAGCUCCGAGCUUGUUGGGUGUUCGCACGUAGACCAGUGGCUCGAUUCCGACCCGCCUAUAAGCGCAACUAACUUCCGUCGCUCCCCACUCUCACAACUUGAACAAUUCAUGAACCCUCCCAAAAUGAACGAAGCGGUAUACCCGAGCAAAGAACUCACAGUCCUUACCUCAUCGGCGAGCAUGAGUGGGAGUGGAAGCCACGACAGGGUCAAGACUUGGCCGGAUAGCAUUUGGGACGAGUAUGCUAACAUUCUCGCCAUAUGUGAUGGGAUCUCUACAUUGUCUACAACUUCAUAACUUAUUAUAAUUAUCACUUAAAC